AUGAACAAGAAAGAAACGAUAGCGGAAGUUGAUGAAGACUUAUGUUUUGUCAAUCAGUGGGUAGAUAAGAUAUCCCGUGGGAAGUCUUCUACCUUACUCGCAUUCAUCGAGUCAUUUCGAUCCGAAAUAAAGUGUGAGGAUCGAAUAAGAAGAGAACAUGGACUAAAACGAAUUUGUUUGGUGGUAAGCAAACUUCCGCAAAACUAUCCAUGGGAGUUAUCGCAAGUGGAAUUACUUCUGAAUUUCUGCUUGAUGAACUAUGAUAAUUUUGAUGCUGUAAACUGUUUUAUAUUGACGGUUCUCAAAAAGCUGCUAAUGAGUAAUUUACAUAUGACGAGUAAUUAUAUUCAACGUCUAUUCGACACUUUGUUUGGGAAACGACAAGUGCAAAUUUAUGCCCAAAAGGAACGCUUUCUGUUUUAUCAGAUUUUAGAUAUAUUAUUGUACAAAUACUUCAAAGAACUGUCAACAAACGCGCAGUUUGUUUCCUACUUUAUAUCAUCUAUAUCCGGAGAACGGGAUCCCCGAUGCCUCAUUCUUAUUUUUCGUCUCUUUUGCACUGUCUGCAAAUACUUUAGUUCUGGAGAUUUCCCAAGAAAUUUGUUUGAUAUUCAUUCAAGUGAUUUGUUUGAUGUUGUUGCUUGUUAUUAUCCCAUUGAGUUUAACUACAACUCGAAGGAACGACCAGAAAUUACCAAAGAACUGUUAAGUAGUGGUUGUGAAAGUUGUCUGCUUAUUGAUGAAGAGUUUGCACCGUUCGUUUUCGAGCUGAUUAUUGAAAAACUUCUGGACAGUGAAUAUUCAAUAAAUACAAAAUUAGAAGCCAAAGCGUGUGCAGUUUUUCCAUGCUAUCACCUUGUUAGUCACAUCGAUCAGUUGUGUGUAGGCAUAAGAUCGAUUUUAUUCAAUUUGCCGAAAAGCGUAGAUGACGAUUACGUUCCAGAACCAAUCAGUGUUGCUAUUUCUUCAAUGCUGAAAUCUUUGAAAGAAGUCAAUAUUAAGGAUAAGGAGCAGCGGAUUGAACGUAUAUGCCAAGAAUUUAUUGAGAAGGGCGAAAUUUUUGUGUUACAAACCGAGUUAGGUCUAACGAGUCGAAUGUUAGCAUUCUUUAAGAUUUUGCUCAGGUCUAGCGAAUCAUCAUUCAAAAUCGUUUUUGAGAAUGUUUUCUCGUGGCUCUUAUUAUUGUGCAAAGGUGAUACGUUCAGUUCUUCUGCUGAUAAAUCUGAAGUGGUUAACACCAGUUUGAAGUUAUUGUGUCACUGGAUUGAUGUAGCCGGUGAUUUUAAGCAGGUUGCACUCUUGCGGAAGUAUCAUUUGUCAUUUAUUGAAAUGCUUGACAAAUAUGAUCGAGAAAUCGCUCAGUUUACGCGUUACAAAUUAUUGAAGGUUUGCAUUAAUUUGGAUAUGCUCACAAGUGGAUUAUUAGAGAAGUGCAAAAUUUUCCUACGAAAAAGCUUCGAUUUUGUUUGCAGUCAGAAUAGAAAGCUGAGGAAUGGCUGUCUGUUGUUCGUCCACGCUUUUGCGGUGGCUAAUUGGACUAUUGUAAAAGACAUAUUUGUUGACGAAAUCAAUAAUAAUAAAGAAAUAUAUCAUCUAACUCCAUUGCUUUGGUUUCUUAUUCAUGACAUAGAUAGUCUCAAUUUUGCCUUAUCGUAUCUUGGAACUUUAUUUCCAUCAACAUCAGGUUACUCAGAUGAUUUUCAAGAAAUUUUUCUCGAAAUGUUUAAAAAUAACAAAUCAGGAAGUAUGGCAUUACAAGAAACAUUGCUGAAGCAGAGUUUGACUUGUUUUUUUAUGAGGCUUGAACUCGGUAUGAAAUCAACACGAGAUUUAGAAGCACAGUCGAAAUUACUGCAACAAAUUGGACUAAUAAUUAAUGAUCGGACACAUUUCGAAGGUCUUCGUUUGAUCCGGAAAAAGCUACAAAAUUGCUCGAAUGUGUUGCCAGGCCUAUAUUUGUACAUUAUCCAAUCUCCGUACAGCAAUGAACUUCUGAACCUGCUGACAGAACUGACUUCUUCAGAUCAAAAUUUCAUCUGGUAUAAAUCAUUGAUUAUGGCUGCAGUAGUUAAUAAAUCGCCAAAUUAUGUAGAAACGCUUGAUCACAUAGAAAAAAUGCGAAAAAGUCUUGAAUUUUUGGAUAGUUUCAAAUGCAAGGCUCGGUUAUGUGCUGCGCUACUUCUAAUUGGUCAUCCUGAAGGAUCUACUUACUUUGCUGCACUUCUUCGUGAUCUUGUUCAGUAUUUCCAUUCAGAACAUAUCACUGUAUUAACAGAUACGUUGAUGGAUAUGCUAAUUUUCGAUACUUGCUAUUCUGAUCCAACAAAAUGCAAAUAUCGAACAACGUUUUUGUGGAAGCAAAGAAUAUUUUGUCAGUUGAUUCCUAUCUAUGUCCAAUAUUUCAAUGAUUUAAGCAAAGAAUCCCAAGACAAACGGAUUGCUUUAUUUCCUUUACUAUCGCCGCUUUUUGCGCUUGCCGCAUCAUCGACAGCUGUUAUGAAUGAUAGAUAUGUAGAGUUGUUGCCCGUACUUUGUGCUGCUCUGGAUACAUCCGGCUUAGAUUUGCGUUUGGAAAGACAAAUCAUUUCCGGUUUGGCAACAUUACUGAAGAAUGCAACUGCUGAGCAGUUUGGUCAUGAUCUCUUAUUGAAAGUGUUACCACGUCUACAACAUUGCCUUGAACAUAGCGAAGAUAUGAUGGUCUACUUGGCAGCAUUGGAAUGUUUACAACUAAUAUCACAGAAAUGGUCGUCUGCAGUAUUACUUCCAUUCUAUGGUCCCAUCGUUCGAAGUUUAACAAAAGCUUCUGGAUCUCAGAAACGGAUUGUCCGAAGAACAGUUGCAAAUGUUAGGAAUUUAUGGUAA